AAAUGCAAAUGAGUUUCAAUUUCUUCAUGUUUUGCCACAAACUCCUGAGAAAUUAGAUUGUAUCAGUCAUUUUACUCCCAUUGUCAUACCAGGGUUUCAUUUUUAAAAUUCUAUCUGUCCCAUAGAGCCUUAUAUUUAAGUAAGACAUAAAUGCUAGUUUUCUGUAAACAAAAGUCGUCAGUGAUGCUACGUGCUAACUCAAAUCUUACACGGAAUUGCCAACAAACUCCCAGUUUUCGCCCCAAUGCUAGCGAGAAGCAACCAUGAAAACUAUUUGCUCAACUAUGUAUUUAAGGCAAACAAUUAACACAAUAAAGCAUCCUGGGUACAAGUUAACUAGCAAAGAAAGUGGGAUGAUGGUCAUAUUGGGAGUCAAAGCUCUUCUGGACUCUUGGACCAGUUCUUAAACAUGCUUCUGGAAUGAGCUUCGUGUAUUCCACGGAGACUGGAACAUAUUUAGUCCUUUUUUUAUACUGGUUUUAAACCACUUCAUUAGUUGUGUUGAAAUAGCACAUUCCCAGAUUAGUUUAGUGUUUACACCUUAUUUUAUUUUUUAGAUUAUUUAAUAUUCAAUGUUUAUUUUACUUGAGUGAUAGUUGUCUUUACUGUUCUAAUGUAGCACAAGUCCUAUGUAAAAUAUAGUACGUAUUUUUGACAUUAAUACUGAAAUCUGAAAUAUAUACAGAAAUUCUUUACUUUGCUGAUAUCAGACUUUAAAAUGUCUAUCUCUUUUACUAAAAUGAAGAAUCUACCACUACACAACUUCAAAAUUUGCUGCAUCAACAUAAAGAGUCAACUACGUUACCACACUUCCUAAAUACCAAAUCCUGUCCGAUCUUGGGAGCUGAGCAAGGUUACUAUUGGGAUGUGAGACUGCCAACAAAUAUCAGAGUUGUAGACUAUAUUCCAGUAGACUGGACUGACAAAAUUACCUCUUGAGAAUUGAUUGCCUAAGAAAACCCUGUGAAAUUCGUGGGAGUCAUCAUAAGCUGACAGGCAACUUGAAGGCACAGACACACACAUACCAUACCAGUUUCUCUCAGUGUUACUCUGGGCAGAGAAAGAUGUGUGAGAUGUCAAAUGUUUAUGUAUCCACCCAGUUUGGAAGAGUGUAAAUAUCUUGCUUUAUCCCUCUUUGACUAAGGUAAACAGAUUUGCAUUGUUGUAGAAUGGAUUCAGACCCCAUGGAUAAUUCUAAUCAUUGAAGAGUAUUAAAUGGUUCCAUGCUGAAAGAGUACAGAAUCAAGUGUGCUCUUCUAAACAGAGCCAAAAAAAGCGAGCUGGAAUAAAAACAAACAUAAUGUUAUAAAAUGAAAAAAUGUAUUCAUCUUGCACUGUGGCAUUUUUCACGCCAAUGAACUUUACUGUCUAUAUUAAUGGGAAAAAUCCAAUUUUCCUUCAAUGGGAAAGCCACCAACAACCAAAUGGUUGGUAGGUUUGAAAAAAUAGCACAGGUCUUUUUUUCUGUUCUAGUAUGAUAACAUCAUAUUAGAAAAUGGGAUCCAUUUCUGCUUGUUUAUAGGGGAAAGCUCUUAACAUAGUCAAUUUUUCAAUAUAGUGUAAAUGACAAUGUUGUACAAUGACCUAUAUUGUGGGUCAAUUUCUAUGUAUAUUCUUCAGAAGAAAAGUGAAUAUGAAGGACUAAAAUUUCCCCUUACAGUAUACAAGCACUGACAGAAAAAGAAACAUAUUGAAGAGAAGUAAUGAUCACCACCUGCCAGGAAGAAAGACAAAUGUCUAGAGACACUGAUGAGAAUGAAAGAACUUAAGAUUCAAAACUUUUAUCAUCUGUUUUCCUUUUACUGGUAAAACAAGACCUCCUCCUCAUUUAUAUGGGAGUAGGGAUGAUCCGGAAGAAGAAACAUAUAGCUAACACCAUGACACCUAACUUGGUCUUGGCAGAACACAGGUAGGAAAGUACCACCUCUCUUGCAAUGAUAAAUGGUUCAAGGUGGUGGCUCAUAAAAAAACAGGUCAACAGACAAAGCUGUGUGUUAACUUGCACAAAAUGUUAUCACUUUCAACUUACUUUCAUGGAACACCACAUCUUGUCAUUCUAUUAUUUAAAAAAAUCUUGUGAAGCAAAAAAAUUUUUCUACAAAAGCCACAAAACUUGUAAGUCUUUAAAAUACCACAGGGCUUUUGACUAAAAAAGAACAAUGAAACAUGCAAACUGAAUAGAUGUUCUCACUUCCCAUAUUUUUUUAAGGUAUACUUCAGCUAUAGGGAGGGGAAAUGCCAUCAACACCAUAAAAGGCUAGUCUGACCUAAUCAUUCUUAAAAACAACAUGCAAAGGGGAAACAGCCACAUAUGAAAUGUGCGGCAAAUACAAACACAUUGAGGAUUUCAUGAACAGAAGUUGCGCCUCCUAACUUCCUGGCAGGACACAAACUAUGGCAACACUCUCAGCCACAGUUGCUGCCACAUCAUAUCAAGCUAACAAUACAACCUGUGACCUAUAUGAACAUAAGGAUUCAGCACGGAUCUUUCUACCUGCAUUUUACAGUGUUAUCUUCAUAGUUGGAAUACUUGGAAACGGACUUGCUCUCACUGUGAUAAUUAAAAACAGAAAAAAGAUGAAUUCUACCACUAUUUACUCAGCAAAUCUUGUUGUGUCGGACAUCCUAUUUACUACAGCUUUACCUACAAGAAUAGCGUAUUAUGGACUGGGCUUUCAUUGGCCAUUUGGAGAAGCAUUGUGCAAGCUCACAGCUCUUGUCUUUUACAUCAACAUUUAUGCAGCUGUGAACUUUAUGACAUGUUUGAGUUUUGACAGGUUUCUAGCUGUGGUUCAUCCUUUACGUACCAAGAUCAGAAGAGUGAAAUGUGCCACAUAUAUUUGUGUUUUGGUGUGGUUUCUUGUACUCGGACAAACUCUCCCAUUACUUAUGAAUAUGAUGUCACACGACGAAGGAAGUAAGAUAACAUGCAUGGAAUAUCCAAACUUCGAGAACAUGAUUGACAAUCUCCCUUGGAUCCUCCUUGGUGCCUGCUUACUGGGAUAUAUAAUUCCCCUUGGGAUUACACUAAUCUGUUACUCUAAAAUUAGCUAUAAACUCUGUAAAACUGCAAAGGGAAACUCUAUUGCUGAAAAAUCAGGAACAAACAAGAAAGCGAUAAAUACUAUUAUUUUUAUCAUUGUCGUCUUUGUCAUCUGUCUCACACCAUACCAUCUCGCCAUUAUUAUACAUAUGAUUAAGAAGCUUGUGCUUCCUAUCAUUCCAUGCAGCCAGCAACAGCUCUUCCAGAAGACUCUCCAUUACACAGUAUUCCUGAUGAAUUUGAACUGCUGCUUUGACCCUUUCAUCUAUUUCUUUGCAUGCAGAGGAUACAAAAGAACAAUAAUGAAAAUACUGAGACGACAAGGAAGUGUAUCAGUAUCAAGUGCUGUCAAAACAGCUGCUGAUGAAAGCUCUCGUGACAUUGGAGAUACACAGCUGUCUCCCCUUUCAACAUGUGGCAGUUGGAAGCCACCGAAGGAACAUUUAGGCACAAAUGCUGCUUGAAGCAGAAAAACUGACAUCAGUGAAAGUCCCUUCAAGAACUGAAUAUUGUGAAUCUUGGGACUGGAUGGUCGGUGGAUCAUGUGGCACAUGCUGUAGCAGGCAAACCAAAAAAAUGAACAGCUAACAAUUACUUUGCUUUUUUACUUUGGUUUCAGACAAUGUUGUCAUCGUGGAGCGUGAUAGUGUCCUGCAUAUUUCUGUUUUUCAAUCUUAGUAAGCCAAGUUGUUGAUGAAUGGUUUUAUGAAUUAGUUACCUAACAAACAAAUAAAUAUAUAUUAGAUUGAAUGUCUCCAUUUCCCACAAUCUUGAUUUCUAUGGCUGGCAUAUAGGAAUAUAGAUAAGGAAACAUUUGAUGUUGUUUGACUUUUCAUGUAUAACAAAUGAUAUGAAAUAAUUUAAUUAGGAAAAAAGAGUUUUCAAGAGAAAGCAUCCAGACUGUUUUAUGUCCCUUUCAAUAUAUUAUUGAGGAACAGCAGCACUGCUUCUUUUCAGUGUACAGUAAUAUAAGAGUUGUAAAUGUUUAUCAGUAUAGUAUUGGUAUCCCUAGGUUAAAUUCACCAAAUGAAGUCUCUCACUGGGUAAAACCAAGAACAGCCACCACCAAUUCUAACUUCUAUCCUGAUGUUCAUUCGCUCCCUAGUUUUGCAGGGGGUAUUUAUACAAUUUCGCUACAUGACUUCUCAAUAUCCGUACAAGAAAUACAAGGGCAUGUUUUGUGCAUAUCCAAGAACGUGUUACGCUGACAAACAUGUGUUACACUGAGAUAGGCAACAAAGCAAUCAGAACAAAAGCAUUUGAAAACCAGGAUAUCACUCAGGAGACUUUUUUCCUGCUAUAUAAGCAGUCUGUGGUCCAAAUAAAAAAGACCUCUCUUCUUUUAGAAUCCAAACAAUACAAACCUAGAAUCAUAUAAUAAACAAAAGGAAGGAGUGGGUGGGUGCUUACACAUCUUUAGCAACAUCUGCACUCUGAAGUUCUUUGUUGUAAUAUAUAUUUACUUUACAUACUGGUUUGUUUUUAAUUGGCUUUCAUUGUAUAACGUUCAUUUGUAUGUUUCUUGUACGUAUGUGCUUUCCUCUCUGAGGAGGAUAUUUCUUAGAUCAGGAUAAAAUGGUUUGUUUGGAAUCCUUAGCAUACGUACAGAGAGUUAUGUUUCUGCAGCAACCAAACUAAAAUGGUUUUGCUGGGAUAGAGAAAAGCCUAUGAAAUGCCAAAACUAACAAAUAUGCAAAAGAAGAGGUUAUCUCUUUCAGACUGGUGCUAUUGCAGACUUUGAAAUGUCAGAUUAAAAACUGUUACCCUAAAAAAGUCUUUUAAAAAAUCAAUCAUACGAUUUAUCCAGACAGACAAGAAUUACUUGAGGUAUGGGAUAGUUUAUGUUUUUACAAACACAAUUGUUGUAGGUAUUAAUCCCAGAAAAAGAAAAAAAUUAGAUGGGAUUCAGAUGGCACAACCUACUUGUGAUAUUUUAGGGGAAAAAAUCAAAUUAAAACUAACUGAUUUGUUUCAUUA